AGUGCCCCCCCACAAGGCGGAGCCCGGCGGGUCCGCGAGUCCGAGACCCGUCCCAGGAGCUCCAGCGCACGUGACCUACCGCCACCUCCUGCACGCGCCAUGACCCAGCCAAUGCCCCGGCUCUCCGUGCCCGCCGCGCUGGCCCUGGGCUCAGCCGCGCUGGGCGCCGCCUUCGCCACCGGCCUCUUCCUAGGGAGGCGGUGGCCCUCAUGGCGAGGCCUGCGAGAGCUGCACCUGCUUCCCCCCGAGGACAGCCCCCUGUGGCAGUAUCUGCUGAGCCGCUCCAUGCGGGAGCACCCGGCGCUACGAAGCCUGAGGCUGCUGACCCUGGAGCAGCCACAGGGGGAUUCCAUGAUGACCUGCGAGCAGGCCCAGCUCCUGGCCAACCUGACGCGGCUCAUCCAGGCUAAGAAGGCGCUGGAUCUGGGCACCUUCACGGGCUACUCCGCCCUGGCGCUGGCCCUGGCGCUGCCCGCGGAUGGGCGCGUGGUGACCUGCGAGGUGGACGCGCAGCCCCCGGAGCUGGGGCGGCCCCUGUGGAGGCAGGCCGAGGCGGAGCACAAGAUCGACCUCCGGCUGAAGCCCGCCCUGGAGACCCUGGACGAGCUGCUGGCGGCGGGCGAGGCCGGCACCUUCGACGUGGCCGUGGUGGAUGCGGACAAGGAGAACUGCGCCGCCUACUACGAGCGCUGCCUACAGCUGCUGCGGCCGGGAGGCAUCCUCGCCGUCCUCAGAAUCGUAUCUCCACGGACAAGAUGAAGGUCAGGUUCUUUCCACUGACACUGCCUCAGGCGGAAAUGCCGUUAGCCUAGAAUUCAAGCAGCCUUUGCCACCACCUGGUAAGCCCCGGUGGUGGAAGGUGCCCCUGGAGACUCCUGGAAGCAGGGCUAAAAGAGCCCCACAAGCUCACAGCUGCUGGGACAUACUUUGCAUUUUGGACAAUACUCGGGACCCUGGCUGGAAACCUACCCUUUUCUGACUCAUAAACGCAUAUUAGGAUGCACAUGAAUGAAGAGGUUGAAUUUAAGCAGAUCCUUGACAAACAGCUAACUCACUUGUGCCACACCUCAGUCCAAAUUACUGUAGCCACUGCCCAAGACCACCCGUUAGCUAAGGGGCAGCAGUCCACAUGACUAGGAUUUCUCUCUUCAGGGGACCACCAGCAGUGGUUUUUCAGGAGACCAGCAGUGAUUAGUUACCUGUGGGUCUACUUCACACUACAAGAGUUGCUUUCAGGCCUAGCCUGCAUGGACAUCGUUUCAUGUUUCUUCUCUUACCUUGCAAUAGGUCCUGACUCAGGCUGGCUCAGAUUCUAACCUUCUGUCGCUCAAGUGACAAGUCAUGUGUAUCUGAAGGCCUUUCAGAGAACCAUGAUUCAUUCACAUGGGCCAUUCAAACCAGUCCCCUAGGACAAACAUAGUGGGACCAGAGGGGUCUUUAUGCCCCCAACUCUCCUGUGUGGAGAGCUUGAGCUCUCAUCUCACCAGCUUCUUCUCAACCUGGAAUUUUGUAGCAUGUAUCCUUUCUUGGGUGAUGAGUCCAAUUUUAUCUUUUUUUCUAAGUAGAGACAGGGUUUCUCCAUGUUAGUCAGGCUGGUCUUGAACUCCCGACCUGAGGUGAUUCACCUGCCUUGGCUUCCCAAAGUGCCAGGGUUAUAGGGUGAGCCACCGCACCCAGCCAAAAGCAAGUUUAUUAAAUUAAAGGAAUAAAAGAAUAGCUACUCAA